ACCGAUAACCAGCUUUGUCGUUUUUUCAUUAAAAGUAGUACCAGAAAAGUCGUAUCACAUAUAAGUAGUUACUUAUGUAUGAGACGUAAAUAACAUAACCCGUAUGCUCUGAAAGGACACAAGCAAACUUGUGGAAGAAAGAAAGUACAAAAAGCCAAAGCGUCUGAAUCAUGAGUAGAAUCCAAACCCCCGACAUUAAUCUGAAAGCCUGUAUCAGUGUGAACACAGGCCUCGGGAUUUACAAGUGGCAGUUUUUUUUUAAUGGAAUUUACCGGAGAGAUCACGUUAAAGAGUGCCACGGGAGCAAAAAUCGCUAAAUGAUGACAAAGUGAGGCCAGCAAAUGCGUCUUCAGGAUUGCCUACUUUGUUCAACCGUUAUGGACCGAGACCCACCACUUGCAGAAAAAAACUGCUUGCUAAUGAACAUUUUAGCAGAUUCUUUCAGUAAUGCAGCAGCCCCGUCCGCCUCAUCACGCACUACGAACGAAGGAGGAGUGUCGGUCCAAACUCGAGCACAACUCUCCGUUCUGUCGUGAAGUGCGAGUCCUUCAGCUUAUCCGUGGUAGCAGUGGCUGGCACGAGACCGCUCCACCAUUCACACGCUUUAAAGCUUAGGCUAUUUUAAGCAUACGCGCCGUUGCGACGCAUAAAACGCAUUUCUAAAUCAGACUGAUAUCCUCAACAGUUUGGGAUCAAAUGUGUAAAGGAAUUUUAUUUCGGAUUUUUCUCGUAUUGCUGUUUUAUCUUUGCAAAAAUGUCGCAGGAACUCCAAACAUGGUGUCCAUCAGUGUCGUGGGUCACACAGGACCAAUGGUUGAGGGCACAUGGUAUGAGCUCCGGUGUGACGUUCAGAAAGUUGCUCCUGAUCAGCUCCUCACUGUGAGGUGGUACAAAGGACAAACUCUACUGACAGAUACGUCCUUUAAUGACUCCAUCAAGACUCCAGUGGACAAGUCUGCGACAUACUGGAUCUUUGCCAACACAACUGAUGAUGGAGCUGAGUACCGGUGUGAGGCGGUGCUGAGACAGAGACAAGCAGGACCUCAGCCUCCUACAACUGAGAUGUCAGAGCCUCUUCUUGUUACAGUAUACUGUAACUGUCCUGUUGUUCUUCAGCCUCCUGCAGUGGUGGUGGAAUACGGAACUUCUGUCUCAGCGAACUGCUCCACUUCCAAACCACAUUUUGAGAUGGCCUGGGAGGUGUCUCAGGGAGCUGUGGACCCGCAGGAGGGUGUCCAGCUGAUCACCUGGAACGUGCCUAGGCUUGAGGAGUGGGACAUAAAGCCAUUAUGCUACAUUAACAUAAAAAACCAAGAAAGACCGGAUAAAAGGCAUCUCCCAGUUAUUGUGUAUAAAACUCCAGACAGUGUGUCCAUUAGCAUCGUGAAUCACACAGGACCAGUGACUGAGGGCACACAGUACGAGCUCCAGUGUGACGUUCAGAAUGUUGCUCCUGUUCACCGCCUCACUGUGAAGUGGUACAAGGGACAAACUCUACUGACAGACACAUUCUUUAAUGACCCCACCAAGACUCCAGUGAACCAGUCUGCUACACUCCAGAUCUCCCCCAGCAGAGCUGAUGAUGCAGCUGACUACUGGUGUGAGGCAGAGCUCAGACUGGGACCAGCAGCACCUCAGCCUCCUCCUACAAUGAAAUCAGAUCCUCUCCACAUCACUGUGAAUUAUAAGCCUGUUAUCAACAAGGGCAAACUGCCAGCCACCGUGCCAGUGUUUUGGGGCUAUCCAGAGGUACUUGUUUGCGAGGCCGAGGGUCAUCCCUCACCUGUCAUCUCAUGGACCUCCACCAGAGCUGAGGGUGGAAACCUGACCAUAACAGUAGCCACAAUUGAGAAUGACGGUGUGUACAACUGCACUGCAACUAACUCUGCUGGUACUGACAUUGUGUCAGUGAAAGUGGUCAUGAAAGAGGACUACCUGCCCAUGGUUGCAGGUUUUGUUGCACUGGUGGUGGUGGCCACCUCAUUGAUCUUCAUCUGCAUAUACUCCAUCUACUACAAAAAUAAGAAGAUGGGCGCCUACACCAUGGAGGGUGCCAACCCCAGCGCUCAGAAAGGGAACAUAGCAAAGAAUGGGAAAGACCACUCCAUUCCCAUGAAGAAGCUCUCACAGAGCACUAUCUGUGCGUUGUUGAUCGCACAGAUCCACCCAGUACUGAUAUCCUCAACAGUUUGGGAUCAAAUGUGUAAAGGAAUUUUAUUUCGGAUUUUUCUCGUAUUGCUGCUUUAUCUUUGCAAAAAUGUCGCAGGAUCUCCAAACAUGGUGUCCAUCAGUGUCGUGGGUCACACAGGACCAAUGAUUGAGGGCACAUGGUAUGAGCUCCGGUGUGACAUUCAGAAUGUUGCUCCUGAUCAGCUCCUCACUGUGAGGUGGUACAAAGGACAAACUCUACUGACAGAUACGUCCUUUAAUGACUCCAUCAAGACUCCAGUGGACAAGUCUGCGACAUACUGGAUCUUUGCCAACACAACUGAUGAUGGAGCUGAGUACCGGUGUGAGGCGGUGCUGAGACAGAGACAAGCAGGACCUCAGCCUCCUACAACUGAGAUGUCAGAGCCUCUUCUUGUUACAGUAUACUGUAACUGUCCUGUUGUUCUUCAGCCUCCUGCAGUGGUGGUGGAAUACGGAACGUCUGUCUCAGUGAACUGCUCCACUUCCAAACCACAUUUUGGGAUGGCCUGGGAGGUGUCUCAGGGAGCUGUGGACCCGCAGGAGGGUGUCCAGCUGAUCACCUGGAACGUGCCUAGGCUUGAGGAGUGGGACAUAAAGCCAUUAUGCUACAUUAACAUAAAAAACCAAACAAAACCAGAUAAAAGGCAUCUCCCAGUUAUUGUGUAUAAAACUCCAGACAAUGUGUCCAUUAGCAUCGUGAAUCACACAGGACCAGUGACCGAGGGCACACAGUACGAGCUCCAGUGUGACGUUCAGAAUGUUGCUCCUGUUCACCGCCUCACUGUGAAGUGGUACAAGGGACAAACUCUACUGACAGACACAUUCUUUAAUGACCCCACCAAGACUCCAGUGAACAGGUUUGCUACACUCCAGAUCUCCCCCAGCAGAGCUGAUGAUGCAGCUGACUACUGGUGUGAGGCAGAGCUCAGACUGGGACCAGCAGCACCUCAGCCUCCUACAAUGAAAUCAGAUCCUCUCCACAUCACUGUGCAUUAUGGUCCUGAAAUUUCCGACUGUCCUGAGUAUGUGUGGCUAAAGGAGGGAGAGAACCUGGAGGGCUACUGCAGUGUCACAGGAAAUCCACUGCCUGAGCCUAGAUGGCUGAAGGCAGGGAAGCCCAUUGACCCCACCAGCCCACUCAGGAGGACAGAAAACAGACAUAAUUACACCAUGUACAUUAAUGAAGAUACUCGGCAGCAUCUGAUGGUGUUUGUGAUGUAUGGACCAGAGAUUUCAUGUAGAAAACAUAUCACAGUUCUAGAGAACGAGGAAGUGGAGCCCAACUGUACAGCUGAAGGUUUUCCACCACCUGAAGUGACUUGGUUUAAGGAGGAACAGAGAGUGUAUUUCCCACAAAGAAUGCAAAGGGCUGAUGCAGGGAAAUACGUCCUAGUAGCAGUGAACAACUCCACCUCCAAUCACACACUGGAAAUCGAGGUGCAGUACUCUCCUUCGGACAUUAUGGGGCUGAAUGAUCAGUCUGUAACUCAGGGGUCCAAAGUGGAUCUGAAUUGCACUUCCUCUGCCUGGCCUCGGCCAGAUUAUGAAUGGAUCUACCACCCAGAACCCAACGUGAGGAUUGUGAGUGAAGACGGCGUGUCCAAGCUCUCCAUAGCCAGUGCCAGUGGAAAUAACACGGGCACGUACACUUGCAUUGCCAGCAAUACUCUGGGGAAAACGAAUCUGACUGUUAGAGUUGAUGUCCAAGGUGCAGAGGCUCUAUGUCCUCUUAUUGUGAACCCUUCUCAUGUCGUCUUGGAAUACAGAGGAUCCGUUGUGGUGGAAUGUAAUACGUCGGUGUCGCCUUCUGACUUGCACUGGGAAUUUUUAAACCACAGAGUUAAUAAUGGAACCCUGCUAGUUAACUCCUCACAGUUUAAGAACUGGGAUGAAACGCCACGGUGCACCGGAAAAUUUAUCGGGCUUGACACCUGUACAAAACAUGUGGACAUUACUCUAUACAAAACUCCAGACAAUGUGUCCAUUAGCAUCGUGAAUCACACAGGACCAGUGAUCGAGGGCACACAGUACGAGCUCCAGUGUGACGUUCAGAAUGUUGCUCCUGUUCAGCUCCUCACUGUGAAGUGGUACAAGGGACAAACUCUACUGACAGAUACAUUCUUUAAUGACUCCAUCAAGACUCCAGUGAACCAGUCUGCUACACUCCAGAUCUCCCCCAGCAGAGCUGAUGAUGCAGCUGACUACUGGUGUGAGGCAGAGCUCAGACUGGGACCAGCAGGACCUCAGCCUCCUCCUACAAUGAAAUCAAAUCCUCUCAACAUCACUGUGUACUAUAAGCCUGUUAUCAACAAGGGCAAACUGCCAGCCACCAUGCCAGUGUUUUGGGGCUAUCCAGAGGUACUUGUUUGCGAGGCCGAGGGUCAUCCCUCACCUGUCAUCUCAUGGACCUCCACCAGAGCUGAGGGUGGAAACCUGACCAUAACAGUAGCCACAAUUGAGAAUGACGGCGUGUACAACUGCACUGCAACUAACUCUGCUGGUACUGACAUUGUGUCAGUGAAAGUGGUCAUGAAAGUUGACAGUUGCCCCGUCAUGCUUACACCUCCUGUAGUGCUGCUGGAAUACGGAGCUUCCAUCUCAGUGGACUGUUCCACGUCCAUCGCCCACAGGGGGAUGGGCUGGGAGGCAUCUCAGGGACAAGUGGACACGGGGGACGAUGUCCAGCUGAUCACCUGGAGUGUGCCCAAGCUUGUGGAGUGGGACAUAAAGCCAGUUUGCUACGUCAUCAUAAAUAAAGCAGGAAUACGCUGCCAGCGCAGUCUCACAAUUAAUAUUUACAAAACACCAGACAGUGUGUCCAUUAGCAUCGUGGGUCACACAGGACCAGUGACUGAGGGCAGACAAUACGAGCUCCAGUGUGACAUUCAGAAUGUUGCUCCUGUUCGGCUCCUCACUGUGAAGUGGUACAAAGGACACACUCUUGAGGCAAAGACGUCGAUCUCUGACUCCUCUGAGAGUCCAGUAAACCACUCCACAAGAUUUUGGAUCAUCCCUAGCAGAGCUGAUGAUGGAGCCCAGUACAGGUGUGAAGCUGAGCUGGAUCUCAGCUUGGACAGCACUGGAACUCAACGUGCUCCUAGACUGUCAUCAGGUGUUCUUAAUGUUACAGUACACUACAGCCCCGAGGCCUCCGGACUUGUGGAAAUCUUUGACCAGUUGUCUGAAGACGUCAUGUUGAACUGCACAGUAGCAGCAAAUCCACCCCCCUGGUAUACCUGGCACUCAACAAAUAUGAAAAAGGAAUUUAAUCAGGGCCUGCCACUCCUGUUUUCAUCUUCUUUGAGUUCAGGGAACUACACUUGCACUGCCUCAAACAUCAUCGGCACCGUCAGCAAACUGUUCAUCGUCAAAGCCAAACCUGAAGGUGGCAAACGCUCCACUUUCUGGGCUAUUGUAGGAGCCUUUGUUGGGUUGGCCGUGGUGUUGAUAGUUAGCUAUAUACUCAAAAUGAGGAUUGGCUAGAGUUGGAGCCUUCUCAAAGACAUGUUAACCAUUUUUCUGAGUGUGAGCCAACUCUAGGAGUGUACACUGAGGAAGAUUCCUGGUUCUUCAGAAGAUCCUGCAAAGAGUUCAAUUUACUACUUUAGAGAAAAUCUUCAAGCUCAGACCCUACUGAGUUUCAUUCCACAGUGGUAAUGUUAAAGUGCAGAAAUGAGCACGACUCUUUUCCUUCAUACAUCUGUGGUCAGUCAGACCCCAAAGCGCCAUAUUUCUGCUGUGAAUGUACCUCACCCAGUCAGGUAAACAGUACCACUUUAGAGAAAUGUUGUGUUUAUGUUUUUAUCUUAUUUAUCUUUUCUGGAGACAUUUAUUAAGCAUGUGCAACUUAUUGUGGUUAUCACCUGUUUAAGAACAGCUAAAUGGUGUGACAUUUCACUAAUACUUGCUUUUUGUUCAAUAUAAUUACAGUCCAAUAUAGUCGUAAUUUAAUCAUUAAUUCACAUUAUUAUUUUUUGUUGUCAGCACUGAGUUGCACAUAAUGAAUGAACCUCUUGCAGCAGUUCAGAGCAGUGCACUUUUAAAUGCCACUGAGACUGUUAAAAAUGCUUCAUUUGGUAAACCUGUUCUACUGCAUUUGAGGGACUUCAGCUUUUAACUGAUUAACUAAAAUGCUAAUUAGGUAUUAGGAAUAUUUUAUUAAAUAAGUGGAUCAUGUGUUUAAUCAAUGAACUACUCUGUUCAGUUUAAUUAUAAUUAGUUCAUUAAAAUCACUCAACUUAUUUAAUAAACAAGGUGAUAACUGGUGAGAAAGCAGGGUUUAAUGAAACAUUAUAACUAAUUAAGCUAUUUACAUCACUGUCUCUUCCAUAACCUCAUUGUCAUUGCCUGUCUCAUGUGAUAGAUUAUUGUUUUUAUAGCUUUUUCUAAAAUGAUUCUUUAUUACCUUUCUCAUAAAAGGUUAUCUGGAUGUUUGGAUGUUUUGGGACUUUGCCUAAUGAUUGUGUUUAUUCAUUUAGUUACAAUACUCAUAGACCAGAUGAUUCAACUGACCUACAAAUGAGUCCUAUAUUUUAUAAAAUUCAAAGUCUUUCAACCCAGCAAAUGUACAACUGUAUUAAGAUAUAUUUGAUUUUGUAGAUUUUCAAGGUGUAUCAGACAUUGUCUUUUUUUUUUUUUUAAGUGCUUUAUUCUCCCUUGUGUACUCAACAAACAUGGUGUUUGUGUGCGGUUGUCAUACAUCAUGUCUCCUUUCUGGGACAUGUCGACUCUCCCAAGGUUUACCCAUGACAGCAGCAAAGUCUCUCCAAUGUUCUCAGCUGGGAGGAUUAUCUCUGGAACAGUUAUCAGUGACUAGUGGGGACCACUAGUGUGACAAGUACGCUUGCAUAAUGCUUUACUUUUUCUUCUCUGUUGUUUUUUUUUCAUUUUGCAGUCAUCAGACUGAAUGAAAGAUCUGUAUCCAUGGAGAUGUGUUGCAUAAAACGUACGAAUGUCUGAA